UGAAUAUUCAAACAUAGACAUUUUAGGUUAUCAAACAUGGACAUGGUUGAUUGCCCUCUAUUUGUGUCAAUUGUGUACUAUUAUCCGCUUGACUGGUGAUUUGUUGCAAAGUUAUGCAAGAAUUUUCGGUUGUGGUGCAGAGCUCAUUCGAAGCAUGACUGUGUUGUUGCGAGAAUGUUGAGCGAUGGAGUUAGAAAAUAACGAUGUGUUUAUGAACACCAGACAGAACUGGAUAUAUUUCCUAGUUCAUCCGCAAGAUGAUGUCUUGGAUAUUUCAAACGAAGAUGAGAUAACGGAUUCUUGUAGCAACUCGUGUGUGUCAUUCAUCGAUGAAACAAUCCUACCAAAACACAAGAACUUGCCCAAAUUCUUUGCCCAGAGACUGUCUCGUAUGGCAGUAACUUUGGCCGCUGUAACGUUAGCAGUGACAUUGGUGAUCGCUUCCUUGGCCUUCGCUGCUUCGCAAACAGCAGCAAGUGCGGCCGCCUUUGGUUUCGGAUUCGAUUCCAUAUUCACAUCGCUGUCUUCGUUUUUGAUAAUAUGGCGUUUCUGGUCUAUUAAUUCGAGCGUGAGCGAAAUUGCGAGAAAGGAAACACUAGCGACUAUCGCUGUUGCUUGCAGUAUGGUUGUUAGCGCAGCGUGUAUAUUUGCACGUGCUUUUCAAUCGGUCAAGGGUGGCGAGCGACCUACAGAAAUGGUUUUCGUUAUAGCGGUGGCAAGCAGCAGUGGGGCGGCGUAUUUUGUCUUGUUCGUGGCGAAGUACAGAGUAGCUUGCCGAAUGGGCAGUGCGGCGUUAAUGACGGACGCUAUUGACGCGUUCAGUGGCGGGAUACUUGCACUAACAUUGGUUAUUUCUUCGUCGAUUUUAAAAUAUUCUCGAACAGUGUGGUUUUUGGAUUCCUCAAUUGCGAUGGCCAUUGCUGUGUUUUCGAUGUGUUAUGGCGUCACUGUGCUCGUUCGAAUGAUCGCAGUCUACAGAGAUCGCGAAAUGGCCGCGACAGCCCAAUAUUAUGUCGUAGACAAGUUUUAAAUGUUACAACAAGUAUAACUUGUUAGAAUUUCAUAGAAGUUAGAGCAACUCUUAGAGCCAAUUUUAAGGCUUGUGGCUGUGCAUAUUAGCCCAGUAACUGUGAGGUCUCGCCCAGUUUUCAAUCAGUACCCCAAGUAUAACUUCGUUAGAAUUUCACAGACGGUUAAGGCUUGUUGCUGUGCGUAUUGGCCAGGUUACUGUGAGUCUCGCCCAGCGUAUAAUACACGCAAAAAACCUACUCAUUUUAGGGGUACUGCGUCUCCCACGUUUGAGAGUCUCCGCAACACGAAAUGCGACUUUUUAGUAUUAUAGAAUAUAGUUGUUUGUAUAAAUGGUAAAUUUACAGUUGCAAGUUUUAAAAAUCGUUUUCCACGUUGUUUGAAUUGUCUAGAAUCUUUCACGGAAUUUACGAGGGCAGACAGUACCCCGAAAAUGGCGGAUUUUGGCUUUCGUGAGAAAUGAUAAUUGAGUAGUUUUGCAUAAAAAGUUGAGUGAAGCACAGAUCAAACCAGUACGAGAGUAAUCACACGACUUUGAUUAACUUUUCCUAAUCAGUGCUUCCCAACAUGAUAAAAUAAUAUUUUGUUAAUCUAGAACUUGAAAUGUCUCCUGUAACAAUUCGUGACAGCCAAUUAUUAUCAACUCUCAUCAUCAUGGGCUCAAUAUUGUAAUCCCUCAAAACAGUAUUGAGGAAAAUUACUUAUGAGCAAAUUAGUAAUUUAUGAGGAAAUUUACUCUAUUGUUUAGCAAUUGAAUCACUCAAAAAUUGGAGUAAAUUUUCUCAUAAAAUUUCAGUAAUUUUACUCAAAAUUUUCAGCAACUGUAUGUGAGCCCAUUAUUAUACUCAAGUUUGUCAGUUACAAUACUCGUGUUUUUAGGAUUUUAAGCUGUUGGCGAGUUUCGCUGAGGGUAACAAACAAAGACUUCGCCUUCGGGACUCGUUUUGUCUACGUUUUGAACUUCGUGUGUCUAUGAGCUAUGUUGGCCACCAUGCAUGCUCUGUUAUUCAAAAUCGCAACAAAACUGCUUUCAGUGCGUGUUAGCCAAAAAGUUCACUGUCACUGACACACUCUCUUGUGUUUUGUAAGACUUACGCCUGAACAUUUUAAAUUAGCAUGCGUUGAAAUCAGUUUCGUUGCGAUUUUGUUACUCGUAUAUUCGCUUCAGAAUUUAAUAACUUAAUAAGUCACAGUUACUGACUUUUGAUAUUGAUCCUACGAAUUUGUGUUUAGUUUUUAUCGGAGUGUAAAAAGACAAAUUAAAAUGCAA